AUGUCAACCUCGCAGGAUCCGCCGCGCAAGCCCGCCAAAGCAUCUACGGCAGGCGGCACCAAAAAGCCCAAGGCUACGCGCUCGCGCAACGGAUGCUGGACGUGCCGCUCGCGCAAGAAGAAGUGCGAUGAGACGCACCCAGAGUGCAACCAGUGUCUGAGCAAAGGACUGAAAUGCGAGGGAUACGAGGCGCGCUUGAAGUGGGGGAAUGGGGUUGCGUCGAGAGGAUAUCUGAAGGGGAUGAACUGCCCGAUUAUGGUGAUGGGACCGGGCGAGAGCGGCGGCGCGGCUGGGGGCGGGAAUGCGGCCAGGGCGAAACCGGCGGGAAGUGUGAAGAAAGCGACCCCGGCGGAUUCUGACUCGGAGGCGGGAAGAGGCAAGGGCAGCGUGAGCUCGCAGAACGAAGCGGGAGACUCGGCUGGCACAUCGCCCCUGUCGACGGCGGCUUCGUCGUCGCUGUCGCCCUCGUUGUUGAGUGCCUUUGACCAAGAGUUAUUUCGAGAGUUCAAAGAAUGGGGCGCGCAGUGUCUCUCGAUGGGCUCUGAGAAUGGAUACUCGCCGUUUGGGGAGAUCAUGGCGCACUGCGAGGUGUCUGAAGCGCUGAUGGCAAACUGUCUUCUAUUCCAGCUGUCACUGCAUCCAGAGCACCAGGAGAAGCUGGAAGCGUAUUACGGCAAAGCCCUGCGUCUUUUCCGCCAGGAUGUCUGUGAUCGGGCCCGAAGCUUGCAGGAUGCGACGUUAAUCGCCGGGCUUCUACUCUGUUCCAUCGGCAUGCAAAGCUGCAAGUCAUGGACCAUACAUUUGAAUGGGCUCUACACCAUCCUCCAGCAGCGCACGGCGGUCCAGAACCGGACGCCCGUCGCGGGGGAGCUGGUCGCCUCGGUUGGCUUCCUCGACAUACCGUCUCACAUCGUCGGGCGGCAAACGCCCACCUUGAAUAUCUGGCGCGAUUACUGUCGUGGCAAGCGCGGGACGGAGCCGGCCAGCGGGAUGCCGUACAGCCUGUUGGACAUUUUCUCGUUGAUCGCAGAGCCGAAUGUCGAGUGGGCGUUUUGGUCGUGGACCGCGGGGGGGCUUCCGACGAGCAGAUUCAGCGACGCGCUGUGGGAGAUGAACCGGCUGGCGGGCAUCAUCCACGCGAGGGAGCGGCGCCCGCGGAGUCGCCCCGGCACCCUGGGCGCGCGCACGCAGAUCCCACGGCCGUUUUCGUCGCCACCCACCGAGACGCUGGUAGGACGCAUCUUGGAGCAGCUGGAACACGUAUAUGACAGCCCCGAGGCCACGCCGUCGAUGACCAACCUGCUGCUGUUCCCGGCAUUCACGGUGGGCACGCAGCAUCGGUUCCUGACGGCGCAACAGCGGAGCUUCCUGGAGGGGUUCUGGGCGGAGUAUUUCGCCGACGAUGGAAGUGCUCAUCUGCAGCUGCCGUUGAAGAUCCUGCGGGCGCUGUGGGCAGCAAAGGAGGAGACGAGCGCAGAGGAGAUUGCGCGGGAGUGGAAAGUGGAAGUUGGGCUAUUCUAG